UCUUGCUUGGAUCGCGUCGUGUUGCUCCCGUUACGCUGUCGUGUUGCUCUCGUAACGCCGUCGUUAAGCCUUAGCCCCCGACGCGAGGAUAAUUUAGCUCCUUGCAGAGCAGUUAAAGGAGAUUUGAAGAUUUUAAGUGAAGAUUUAUUAUUACUUCUGGCAGAAAUUGCCAAGUGUUGCUGCUGUGUGUUGCUCCUGUAAUAUCUGUAACUCAAGGAUAACUCCUUGGGAAAAUGUGGUGAACUUUAAAGUCGCUAUUAAAUAUAGCUUCUUAAGUAAAGCUUUGCAAAGUGUUGCUCCAGUACAUCCUUAGCCUUAGGUUCCUGCCGUCGCUAUUUUGCUCUCGUAACCCCGUCGUGUAUACGUCAAGGAUAAUCCGCUCUUCUCAAACCUCGGGCAUGAGUCCCAGCCAAGUGUAGAGUGCCUCUUGUGAUUCCUCCAACCCCUUAACGAACAUGGACACCGAACAGGAUUCGAGUAACCACCGCGGUUCGGUGUCCUCUAGCCGUUCCCUCGAGAUACCCGCCACACCGUCGCGUUCCCCCAAAAAAGUGUCCUUCUCGGAUGAGCUGCCGCAAUCCCAGACACCAGCCCAGCAGCCCAUCCAGCCGCCAGCGACCACUGGUGUGAGUCACGUGCUCCAGCAGGCUGCACAGUAUCUGGAGCGAUUGCAUGGAGCACGCGAUUCUCCCCCCGUGGAGGAGGAGGUAGUGCAACCAAAUAGUGAUAGCGAGGAGAGCGAAGCGGCCGUUCUCGACUUGAAUGAUGUAGUAGAUGCUGCCAGUGCAGAUGAACCGGCGGCAUCUAUGGCCAAAUCGCCCAGCAUUCUAGUUGCCAGCGUUGGCAAGCAGGAAGCGAUUGCCAGAGCGACUGCAUCUACGAAUGGAAAUGGCAGUGGAAAUGGAAAUCCGAAUCAGCGGCAAUCAAAUUUGUACAUGGAACGAUACAACCUCAAUUUAGAUAAGAACUGCAGCUCCAUGGAGCUGGAGGCGCGCCGGGAGAAGCAGCGCUGGCUGCUCAUAUCCGAGUGCAGUGCUCUGUUCGACGAGGGCGAGGGCAAGCAUACCAGGGAAGCCUUCCGCAAGCUCUUCCUGGAUGAGGAAUUCCAGCAGAAGCUCUUCCAGCUGUUCGAUCUCGAGCGGAAUGGCUAUCUCCUGCAAGAUCGCUGGAUCGAGCACCUCAAGGGUCGUCUGACAGACGACCGCCAGAUGGAUUUUGCCGAACAGAUCGAGUCGGUGGCCUAUGUAAUUUGCGGUGAAAAUAGUCGCGUUAGCUUCAAAAACUUCCGCGACAUCUGGCACACAAGAGGAAUCUUGGAUAAACUCUACCGGCUGAUAGAGGUGGAUGGCAGCAAUCUAGUGUCCACCAACCAGGUGAUGGAGUUCAUCUCCCAUUUGACCAACUCCCGUCCAAGGACGGGCUUUGACAAGAGUUCGCUGGCCAGGUUGGAGCAGCUCUUUCGCACCACAGUGGGUAACGAGCAGGAGAUACGAAGGGAGGAGUUUCAGAAGAUUGUGACCUCCAAGAAUCCCUUCUUCACGGAGCGUGUCUUCCAAAUCUUUGAUAAGGACAACUCGGGCUCGAUAUCUCUGCAGGAGUUCAUCGAUGCCAUACACCAAUUCUCGGGACAGUCGGCGGAUGACAAGAUCCGGUUUCUGUUCAAGGUCUACGACAUAGACGGCGAUGGUCUCAUCCAGCACAAGGAGCUACACGACGUCAUCAGGCAUUGCAUCAAGGAGAACGGCAUGGAGUUCUCCGAGGACCAGAUCGAGGACCUCACCAGCGCCAUGUUCGAAGACGCUGAUCCCCACAACAGCGGGGAGAUCACCUACGAGGCGCUGAAGAACCAACUCAACAAGCAUGGAGGCCUCUUGGAAAACCUUAGCAUAACGAUCGACCGCUGGCUGGUGCCCAUUGCCGAGGACCGGCAGGCAGGUGGAGCAGCCAGGAGCGGAUUCUGGAGCUCACUGCCCCACCAAUUGUCGCUGGCUUACAUGAAGAACAACCAGGUCUUUGUCACAUACUUGUUCUUCUACAUAGCCGUCAAUCUGUGCCUCUUCAUUUCCCGCGCCAUUCAGUACCGUGCCAGCAAUGGGUUCGUCAUCAUAGCCAGAGCUUGUGGACAAUGCCUUAACUUCAACUGCGCCUGGGUCCUGGUGCUAAUGCUGCGACACUCACUGACCUAUCUGAGGGGUCGUGGUCUAUCCUCAUACCUCCCGUUGGACCAUCAUGUCUAUCUGCACAAGCUAACGGGCAUCACGAUAUCCGUGCUGAGCUUAGUCCACACAAUAAUGCAUCUGUUCAACUUUUCGAUCAUCGUGAUCAACGAUCCGAACAUCAAUGCGGGACACUACACCAUCGGAGAGUGGUUGCUCACGGAUCGGCCGGGACUCUUUGGCCUCAUUCCGGGCUGUGCGAAUCCCACGGGAGUGGCUCUGCUCGCCAUCCUGAUGGUGAUGUUCGUUUGCUCCCAGCCCUUUGUCCGGCGGAAGGGCAGCUUUGAGGUCUUCUACUGGACCCAUCUGCUAUACGUGCCCUUCUGGGUGCUGUGCCUCUUCCACGGACCGAACUUCUGGAAGUGGUUCAUGCUGCCGGGAUUGGUGUACAUUGUGGAGCGGGCGCUGCGCUUUAUUUGGAUGAAGGGUGAGCACGGAAAGACCUACAUCAGUUCUGGCCUGCUACUACCCUCUAAGGUUGUACACUUGGUCAUCAAGCGGCCGCUGCACUUUAACUUCCGGCCCGGGGACUAUGUCUUUGUGAACAUCCCAGCCAUUGCCAACUACGAAUGGCAUCCGUUUACUAUUAGCUCCGCGCCGGAGCAGGAGGACUACAUGUGGCUGCACAUACGCACCGUGGGCGAGUGGACAAAUCGCCUGUAUCGUUACUUUGAGAGGGAGCAGCAGAAACUGCAGCAGGGCGGCUGCUCCCAAGAGGUGAACCAGCACAUGCACGCCAUUCCCACGCCCAGUUUCAUGCUCCUGAACGAGGCCCGUAAUCCGGCUAUGGCUAGCGAAAGAUCCUCUACUCCGCAAACGGAUUUCCUGGCCAAGAAUCUGGCUGUACAGGCGGUGCCGCCAGUGCGACCUCCUCGCCAGAACCGCAAGCCCGUGGCAGGAACUGCUCCUGAUCCGCCAGCCACAGGGGUGAACCGCAUUCGGAGCAUCAAGAAGAGUCUGCAGCGUACUUUCUCCAGGAAGGAGACGGCUGAGCCCAAAAAGGGCACGCCCAACGGGGCUUUCCUAGCCGACAGCGAGCGCGAGGACUCCAGCCUAAAGCAAAGACCCCUGGAGAAGAGCAUCUCCCUGCCGGACAUCAGUGUGAAGAGCAAGAAGCGCAGUCGUCUCAAGGCACUUCGUGCUCUGGGCCGUUCCGAAUCCGAGUCCGCCUUCGAUGAAAAGCGGGUACGACGGGCCCGGAACAACAGCGUGGGAUUGGCCUACCUCAGCCCGCAAAACAAGUCGCUGGCGCAGAGUUUCCGCUACAUGCGCACAAAGCCCACCAUAAUCGCCUUCAAGACGCCCAGCAUGGAGGAGCGGGAGAACCAGCUGGCAACGGGAGAGGUCAUCGGUGGAAGCCCAGCCAGCAGGGCAGAGCAGGGUAUUCCUGUGGGUGCCAGGAUGGACUCAGGUGAUAAGUUGCAAAUGGCCAGGCUCAGUCUGGCCGCCGAGGUGGCCUCCAAGCCACUGGAGGAUCAAGUACAGACGGCAGGAUCGGGCAGCAGAAAGUCCAUUCUGCGGCGUCCCACUUUCCUGCGCACCCUAUCCACCUCCAUAAAUAACAGAUCAGGCGGAGGCGGCGGUGGAGGAUCGACUGGUAGCUCCACAAAUAACAGCGGUGGCAAGGUCACACUCGAUGCGGGCGUCAUGGAGAUCUUCAUCGAUGGUCCGUAUGGGGCACCCUCAAGUCACAUCUUUGGGGCCCAGCACGCGGUGCUCAUUGGCACGGGCAUCGGAGUCACACCGUUCGCAUCCAUCCUUCAGUCCAUCAUGCAUCGGUACUGGAAGGCGCGCCACAGCUGUCCGCGGUGCCAGUUCGAGUGGGCCAGCGAGAUACCCAAGUCUGUGAUGAACCUGCGCAAGGUGGACUUUUUCUGGAUCAAUCGGGACCAGCGCUCCUUUGAGUGGUUUGUCAACCUGCUGUCGCAGCUGGAGAUCGAGCAGGCGGAGCUUGGAGGAGCCAUGGAGCGCUUCCUGGACAUGCACAUGUAUAUCACGAGUGCCUUGCAGAGAACAGAUAUGAAGGCAGUGGGCCUGCAACUAGCUUUGGAUCUGCUGCACGAGAAGGGAAAGCGGGAUCUAAUUACGGGCUUGAAGACCCGCACCAACGCCGGCCGCCCCAACUGGGACAAGGUCUUCAAACAACUGCAGGCCCAGCAGAAGGGCAAGGUCACCGUCUUCUACUGCGGCCCACCUCAGUUGGCCAAAACGCUGAGAUACAAGUGCGACCAGUACGGAUUCGCCUUUCGCGGCUCCGAGUUCUACAUUUGAUGUCCACCUCCCCCCGUUCGCUUGAAAAACCAUUUUACAAUUCGGAAAGUCUAAUAAAUAAAACAAG